AUGUUUAGUCACGGUCACGGUCAGCGGAUCGAGAUGAUCCAGAUCCAGGACCACAGAGCCCGAAGGAGUCCUUUGCCUGAUUCCCGGAUGGACGCCCACUGUUACAUCCAAGACCGCAAUAACGGACAGGGUGCCGCCGCGUCCACCUACCGGGGAAUUUUCAAUCCAAGCCAUCACGCUCCUCAUUUGCCUUCUGUUGCUUCCGACUUCCCGUCUGUGAAGGGCCUCCGUAAUGCGGGUGGGCACGUGUGA